UGCCCUCGUACCCAUAUUCACACCUCUUCGUCCGGCCAACGCGGACGGUGGCCACCGCAGGCCCGCAUAUACAGGUCCUCGACACCUCGUCAGGAGAAGUUCUUUUCUCCACAGCCACCCUGCCAGAAGAGCUGCUGGCCGCAGUGGUCAAGUCAGGUCCCGUACGGUGCGCAGCUGUUGAUCGCGAAUUCAAGUACAUCCUCACUUCUGGAGAGGACAAGAUCUUGAAGGUCUGGGAAGCGGAUGGACUAAAGCUUCUGAGUGGAAGGGAACUCCCGAAGAAACCAACAGCAGUUGCCUUCACAUCCGACGCACAGACCAUUCUCGUAUCUGACAAGUUUGGGGAUGUCUUCAGCUAUCCAUUUACAUACAUCCCGACACCUGCCACAAAACAGAAGCAAGGAAGAGACGCGCUUGCAUCGCAUGAGAACCCUUCCGGCGGCCAGCUCCUCCUGGGGCACGCGUCACCCCUAAAUGCAUUCAUCUUGACGGAAGACGAAAAGUACAUUCUCACCGCCGACCGCGACGAGCAUAUACGAGUGAGCUGGUACCCGAAAGGGUAUAACAUCGAGAGAUAUUGUCUAGGGCACCUGAAGUUCGUCACUGUGAUCCACAUCCCAACGUCCGACCCAGCCUCGCUUAUCUCAGGCGGAGGCGACCCAGUCAUCAAGAUAUGGGAUUGGAUGCGGGGGAAGACGAAGCAUGAGCUCAGGAUCUGGGAGGCAGUGGAGCCAUUUGUAGCGGUGAAGGCGCUUAAGAGGAAACGCGGUUGGGGGGAAGAUGGCGAUGGCGAUGAAGCUCAAGAAGGUUCUAAGAAGAAGAGCAGAGGGAAGAAAGGCAAAGGGAAGGCAAAGGAGCAGGAGGAAGAAGACCAGGUGCAGGAGGGGGGAGAGAGAGAAGCUACUGGAACGCCUGCCCGCGAGAUGGAGUCUAUAGAGGAGGCAAAACCAGAGAAGAUUCUUGUGAUGCGGAGAAUCAGGAGCCUAGAUGCCGAUGGAGAGACCUUCAUUCUCUUCUCUGCUGUCGGGACCACGGCAAUAUUUUGUUUCCCAUUUAGGACGGAUGUCGCGCCCACGGAUGUCAGACAAUUCGACUUUGGGCGUCCGGUGUUGGAUUUCUACGUUGUGGAGGAUGGAUCUAUCUUUGUUAGUUUAGAUGGAGAGUGGAGGAACCAGGAGGCGGAAGCAGAGGUUGGAUCUUUGGUCUUACCUAUGGUAAAGGUUCUGAGAGUAUCGUCUGGAAACGUAUCGGAAGACUCGGAGAGCAAGAAAGCCCUGGUCGCCUCGUUAAACUCGAGAUCUUUACUUCCAGGAACUCAUGAUGACCUAAAAAGGUUCGACCUCUACGGCGACCUUACCUCUAUGCCGAAGUACCACUCCCAAUCCCUGCCCGAUGCCGACCAGCCAGAACCAGAAGGAUCAGAGGCGUCUGCUCCGAUGGUCCCGAUCGGCGCCCCAGAACUGUCCUCGUCGAAGAGUGCCCCGAAGGGUGCAGGAAGGACGGAGUUGAGUAAGAAGGAGAUAGGGCGGAUGAAGACGAAGAACGCCGUCAAGGCGAAGGCGAAGGAAUUGGAGGCAGACGGUGUGGGUGUGGCGAGAAAGGCGGCGUCGGAGAGUGGUGGAGACGAGCCGGAGACGAAGAGGGUGAAGGCGGAUGAAGGUGGGAAGGUGGAGGACGUAGUGAUGGAUGAAGCUUGAA